AUGAAGACGCUGCUCCUGGUCGUGCUCCUCAUGUAUCUGGCUGCGGCUGAUGAGGCGGCAGGAUCGGUUUGCGGGAACGAUGCCACUUGCCAGGAGACGCUUGGGCCAGCGUACUAUUGUUUGAACUCCGCGUCGAAAUCUCCGAAGACAUGUGAGAAGCUAAAGAAUACUGAAUGCCUGACGGACGAUUUCUGCCAUUUUGACGACUACUGCCGAGGAGGGUGGUACGAGGGAAAACACUACCACUGUAAAGCUGUCGAGGGCACCGAGCAGAAAAUAUGCAAGAAAUUACCCGCCCUCCAAUGCGUCGACGAAUCCGACUGUUGGAUGUACAAGCAGCCCGCUUGCAUUGGCUACCACGAGGGACGUCCGGGCUACUGCCUGGAGACAGAUCCGAAUGCA